UGAGUGGAGGUCUCUGACUACUUGUCUGCCUUUGUCUUGCUCUGACACACCCUCUGGAGCAGAUCCCCGUCCAGGGACUUGCAGUGAGGAUCUCCAGCAGCCAGGAGGGCACAUUGCCUGUGAAUGACCUUGGUCACUUAUAUUUAUAUUACACUCCCUUGAUGUUUUACAGGAUGUCUCUAUGGAUACAGGAAUAAACAGCAGAUAAUAGCCCCACAGUCCUUACAGCAGCAUUUCAUUCUACAGGGCCGGGCGGAGGAGCAGAGCACAGGGAAGCAGGAGGGAAAACAUGGCAGAAAACGCAGAUCUUACUUCUCUGGAAGAAAGCUUCAAAAAGUUUGCCAUCUAUGGUGAUACAAAGGCAACUGGUCAAGAAAUGACUGGCAAAAACUGGGCCAAGCUUUGUAAAGAAUGCAAAGUCAUCGAUGGGAAAAGUGUGACCGGAACCGAUGUUGACAUUGUGUUCUCCAAAGUAAAAGCGAAGACAGCAAGGGUCAUCAACUAUGAAGAAUUUAGAAAGGCGUUAGAGGAAUUGUCAGCAAAAAGGUUUAAAGGAAAGAGUAAAGAAGAAUCAUAUGACGCCAUCUGCGAACUUGUGGCUGGAAAAGAACCUGUAAGCUCCGGAGUGACGAAGGCUGCAACAACCGGAGCUGUGGAUCGUCUGACAGAUACAGCCAAGUACACCGGAUCCCACAAGGAACGCUUUGAUCCGAGUGGGAAAGGCAAAGGCAAAAGCGGUCGAGAGACCAUUGUAGAAAACACUGGCUAUGUGGCCUCCUACAAGAACGCAGGCACCUAUGAUGCUAAAGUGAAGAAAUAGACACCAGAAGAGGAUACAACUUUCCUCAGCUCCUGCAUAAUUAACUUCAGUGUUCCCAAUGAAGUAAGGAAGUCAUUCUGGUAGUGAUGAAGAUAAUAUUAAAAGUGGAUGAUUAAUGCGGUAUAAGAGUCAAGAAUAUCUGUAGCAGAAUACAAUUGUCAGCAAAUUAGUAUCGGAUUGGAGGUAUACAUACAAUAUCGUUGAUAAGCAUGUCUUGAUGAUAGUAACUGUGCAUGUAUCUCAUAAUCUCUCGUAUACACAUAAUUAUUUGCUAUAAGAAAUAUCACAUACUUGUGUAUAAGUUAAAUGCCACCAAACCCUCUGUAAUAACUCAAUUCUUGUGUACAGUGCCUUCACAAUUCUGGCUUUCUAAAUUGGUUGCUAAAGGGAUUGUACAAUAUUGAUGACCCAUCCCCAGGAUCUGAUCCAUGUGGAUCUAACUCCAGCACCCCCACCAAUCAGCUGUUUGAAGAGGCAGAGGUGCUCUUCAGAGCAUACCAAGCACCGCGCUGUACACUGUAUAGUGGCUGUACUUCGUAUUUCAAGCCAAGCUCAUCCGCUUGAAUGGGACUGAGCUACAAUCAGGCCAUCUGAAUGACAAACGUAGCAUCACGGGCCAAGAAAGUGGCUGCAGCACCUACUAGAUCGCUGAGGCCUCUCCAAACAACUGAUUGGGGGGUGUUAGGAGUUGGACCCCCACCUAUUAGAUAUUGAUGACCUAUCCUGAGGAUAUACCAUGAAUAUUGAGCUCUUAUUGAGGUCUAUGGUAAGCACCUCACCUCAUCUGAGUUGAGUAGGAAGAUUUUGUCCAAGGAGUCCUACUAAUAUUGGCCCUGAAUCAGUGUCGGUCUGGGGUUCCUUGGGCCCAACAGAGGAAAUUAUUCUCCCUAUAUCAUCAAUAAUGUCUACUAGGUUUUAAAUGAUGGAAGUAGACCCCAGUGGCAAGUGAUUAUCUCUAAUGGCAGCUCCAAAUGGCUUUUUUUUUCUCAACAAGAUCCUUUGGGGCCCACUAUUGCAUCUGUGCCUGAGCCCAUUGGAGGGUCUUCUGGUUCUCUGGUGGGCCAAUCCAACCCUGCCCAGAAUAUGAGAUGAAUGGUGCAUAUGGUUGAAUUGAUGGUGGUGCCUACGUUUGGCUCCUUCUUACUAUUGUCCUAACCGUUAAGACGUUGUUCUUGACAUGUACUAAAUUCUGGUCUAUUUUAGAUAAGCUAUAUCCUAAUCCAUUAACUACAGGAUCUAUUAUAACAUAGAAGGACUAUAUGUCUUCCAAGCCUGCCACAUGGAAAGUGGAACUGUCACCCGACAAAAAAAGUCGUGUUGUCAUUUAUGUCAAGAGUAUUUCAGUGGCACUCUCUGAUAAUUCCCCAAAAUAGUCUAGAAGAGGUUAACGUCACCAGCUGGUUUAAUAUAUAGAUGGCAGAUACUAGUCAGUAUGGACACAAAACAGCAUGCCAAGAACAAUGAUCUUAUCACGCUAAACAGAGUAAAUACAGAUCCUGUAUGGCAUGAUGUCUGCAACCCCAUCCUUCUACGCAAAUGGAAGAGUUCCUUUGACUUUUUGAAAAUUGCAAUAAUUCAAAACUUGCUGGGAGUCUUAAAUAUAUGUCAGGUUAUGUUCACACCACCUUUUUUCUAUGCAAUCCGCACAUAAUCUGCCCUCCAUUUUUUUAGUGCUGUGCAGAUUCCAAAACCAUGUCAAGAAGGAACAUGUCCCUUCUUGGCAUGGGAUCUGCAUGGAUAUCACGCUAACACUACAGCGGGUGUCCACGGCAUUCAAACUACAAAUCUGCAGCAGAAGUCCAAAGGCCUCAGAUAUGUGUUGUGGAUUCCACAGCAACUACACAUCAGAUUUUUAUUUCCAGCAUGUAUUUUUACUGUCUGAACAUACCCUGAAAGAGGUUUUCCAGGUUUUAUAUAAAUGAUGUGUAAUCACUGUAUAGAUGAAAAGUUCUAUAACUGUCUAAUAUAUUUUGUGCUGUCAGUGAAUGAGAUCACUGUUAUAUACAUUCAAAGGCUUGAAACUCCUACAAAGCUAGUCCUGCUCUCAGCUAAGAAGCGCUGUAGAUACUGUACAAUGUACAGAUGGGAUCCUCCUUACCUUUCCUCUUAGCUGGGCAUUUCCUGAUACGUGAAGACUAGCUUUUUAGAACAACAUGAUUUUGUGAUAUUGUAUCACAAGAUGUCUAUCAUCUAUGCGGCCACCCAGUGGUUGUGUUGUGUAUUGCAGCCUUUCAAGGGUUUUGUUAGGAUCUCACACAUUAUACUGAAUUGGUUUCAUGAGAAAUUGGAGCCCUUAAACAAAAAUUGAAUCAUACAUGUAGCUCACAGAACAAUAUGUAGGCUUGAACAAUAGCAUCAACUUUUCAGGUCUAGCAGGGCUAGAUGCACAAUUUUCAACCUUUGCAUAUAAACAGCAGCAUUCUCACUCACCCACAGUACAUUAAUACAUUGAAAAUGCUGAGAAAUUGAAACAUGAAGCAUAUUAGAACAUUGGAAACAUUUAAUUUAUAUAAUGAUUAAAGGCUAUGUACACCUUUGGAGUAAUUUUUUUAAUGAUUGCAUUUAAUUUAUUUUUGGCUAAAAAUCAUAUUUUCAAUUGGCCUUUAUUAAAAAUAUUGAGCUGUUCAGUCACAAAGG